AUGACUGCCGCGAAGGUACCUACCAAACUCUCUGCCAUGACUGGCAAAUGGUCAACGAAGCCACCGGACCAUGCGAUUACCCGUGUGCGGAACAAUCAGCGCCGCCACCGGGCCAGAGUUAAAACUCACAUUUCCGACCUGGAACAGAAGCUGGGAGAUACGCAACGGCUCCUGAGCCACGCAGAAGCACGUAUUGCCCAACUCACAGCUGAGCUCGACAGCUUCCGAAAUGGCCAUCUUCCUAGUCCUCCCUGCGAGGAGCCAGGCCCAGAAUCGCCGAAUGGAGACUUUAUUGCCUCUGCUGGUGGCGAACUAGCCGAUUCUAGUAUGAAGGAGCACAUUGUCCCCUACGGAACUCAUAUCUCUCGCUGUUCCAGCGAUCCCAGGUCCAUCUCGAUCGAAUCUGAAGCCGAAGCGGUCGCUGGUACCCAAACUGAAGACCAUUUUGCUGUCUCCCCAUUAGCAUCAAGCAUAGGAAGGCCCAGAUACUCAUCUGUGGAAUGUACUGCCCCUAUCGCAGUCGACGAGCCGCACCCGCUAUGUUGCUCAUCCGGCCGAGUACAGCCAAGUCAGCGACCGGCGGACGAAGCUUCUGGCUGCACAUCGCAGAUAUCAGCAGGAGCAAAGGAUGCUUUGGAGAAGGCCUUUUUGUCGUUGCCGAUGCUCCGCGGAAACAAAGAGAGCGUCGAUCAGCAAUAUCCUGAUCUAGAUCCUGAGCAACCCGAUGAAUCGACAACUCUCUGUAGCAACGCAUUUGUGCUGAUCGAGCAACAGAAUGUCCGCGGCCUUGAUAUUUCGGUCAUCUCUGAGCGACUACAACAGGGCUUCCGGCGGAUUGAAAGCGGGCAUGGCGACUGCGGGGUAGAAAACCGAGUUCUGUUUGCUUUGCUCGACCAUAUCAGCAGUUCAUGA